GCGAGGAGCUACGAUGUGCCAAGUCGUUGGAGCAUAAGUUGGCGUUGUUGAGGCAAAUCCUCGUGACGGGAUUCGCGGGCAUUGGAACGGACGAGUAUUUGUUCUCGAAGAGUUUCCUUGGUACAAAGAAAUGCAUCACAGAUUUCUACGAAUCAGUAGUUGAUACUAUUGACGAAGUGACGGCACAUUUGGAGACGGUCACUUCGAGGAAGAAUGACUCGAUAGAAAAGCAUCUAUUCUCGGAGUUUCUAAACGAUAUUAUGCUAACCUUUGGUCAGCCUGCUUUGUGUCUUUCUGGUGGGGGAAUGAUGGCGUUGAUGCACUUCGGAAUAGUGGAGACUAUGAUAGAGCAGGGGUGUCUUCCGAAAGUUAUCUGUGGUACCAGUGGAGGCUCUGUAGUGGCAUCAUAUUUGUGUACUCACACUGAUGAUGAGUUACCAAGGAUCGUGAAGCCGGAAGUAGUUCAACCGAAAUGGAGUCCCUGUGGUGACAGUUGGUGGACUU